CUGUAGAGGGUAGCAGUGCGCAGGAGGUGAUGUUUGCACGAGUUGAAAGAAGAAGAAGUAAAGGGCGGCCUGCAGUGAUACAGUACACUUAGCUAAGUUAAUUUACCUAAAACGGAAAAUCUUUCCCCUCCUUUUAGAUAAGCGACCUAGGGUUUGUUUGGAAUGAAGAUCCAUUUAUGUAGGUGCUGACUGAGGAGUGGAUAUUAAAAACAGGCAAACAUGUCUGGAGCGUGUGAGGACAGAAGGAGUCGCUGGCAGGAGAUUCAGAAAGGCCUACAAUUCAUCCAAUCAACCCUUCCAUUUCCUGGAAGUCAGGAGCAGUAUGAGGUGUUCAUUAAGGACCUUGUGUGGAAUCUGUUUGGAGAGGGGAAUGAUGUGUUUAAAGAGGGCGAAUGGACAAAAUCCAUCGAAAUGUAUGCAGAGGCCUUGAGUAUAGCAGACUACGCUGACUCGGAAGAAAUUUGUAUUCCAACAGGUUUACUAGAAAAGCUGUAUGCAAAUCGAGCUGCAGCAUACCUAAAUAUUGUUCCGGGACUGUAUGACCAAGCAUUAGAAGACUGUGAAAAGGCUCUGCAGCUGAACGAGGGCAACUACAGAGCACUGUACAGAAAAGCAAAAUCCUUGAAGGAGAUGGGGAGACAUCAAGAAGCUUACGAAGCUGUUGCCAAAUGCUCUUUAGCAGUGCCUCAGGAUCCGAGUGUAAUACAGCUAACUCAGGACCUUGCCAAAAUUUUGGGACUGAAAAUCCGCAAAGCUUAUGUGAGGAGUAAGCCUGCCUUGAAUGUUUUGCGAGGAUCAAAUUAUCAAGAUGCAUCAUGUGAUAAGUUUUCAUAUGGCUUGUCUUCAGUUGAAGAUAUAGAAAUUGAAGUGCCUCAGUUGACCCAGGACAGCAGCGUUGUGGCUCCGGUCCCGGCUCCAGUGGUGGUGCACCCAUCCCUGAAUGAAGCAAUGGUGGAUGAACUUCCUUCCAACAAUAUCUCAUCUGUGACCCCAUCUGAACCUCCAGGCUUUGAGUCUGUUCCCCUGCCUGUGUCUGUACCCACAUCAGCUACUCUUCCUGCACUCACUUUUGUAAAUGGCUGCAGAACCAGUAAGCCUUGCACAGUGCUUGAAACCAGUCAAGAUUUUGAUGCAGACAUCAUAGGGAAUGAGCUAGAUGAUCUGCUGGACCAAGCUGGCCCUGAUUCAAGCAUGGUUAUUCCUACAGUGAAGGGGCCUCUUCCUUUGCCAACCAGUAUUGCCUCAGGCAGUUCCAUGUCGAGUUCAUUCCUGAUGCCAACUCACAUCAACCCAUUUCUUCACGGUGGUGCCCAGCAGUGCACCGUAACUCUGCCCCCGCUCUAUCACAAGUCAGGGUCAAGUGCAUAUUUUGGUAUGGACACUUUUGACGCCCUCCCCCCACCACUGGACUCCUUGGAUAGUCUCACCAUGACAGAAUUCAAAACAGAUUAUGCUCCAAGUCCAUUCAUUCCACAGAUGAACAAUAAUGAAACCCCAAUGGGAAUGGCUGUGGGUAUGCCUGAAGUGAAGGGCCUCCCCGGUGCUGUGGAUUUAGCAAAGAACCCCUUAGCUGAAACACAUGAAUUCAAACAAGCCUGCUCAGUGUGCUACGUCAAAACCGGGCCUGGAGUGCUGGAUUACACACUUCAUACAGAAGAGCAUAAAUGCAAAAAGGAUGCUUUACUCGGCAGAAUUAAACAUUUGCCAGACAAAACAUGGAAGCUCAUUCGGCCCAGACCAACAAAAACCCAAUAUGUUGGACCUUAUUACAUAUGCAAAGAGGUGGCUGUUGGAAAAGAGUGUCUGUACCCUGGACACUGCACGUUUGCAUACUGCCAGGAAGAGAUUGAUGUUUGGACUCUAGAGCGAAAAGGGUUUAUCUCCAGAGAGCUGCUCUUUGAUCCUUUUGGGCCAAACUCCAAUGUACGGUUGACUGUGCCCAAGGUCUUACAGGAGCAUCAUGGGAUAUUUAUGUUUCUCUGUGGGGUGUGCUUUGACCAUAAACCCAGAAUAAUCAGCAAAACCAACAAAGAUGACCCUUCGCUCUGCUCUCAUCCAGUGACAAAGCAUGACUUUGAGGAUCAUAAGUGCCUGGUCCACAUUUUGAAGGAGAAUACAGUCCGUUAUUCCAAAAUCAGACCUCUAAGUCCCCAGUGCCAGCUGGAUCUCUGUCGCCAUGAAGUCCGCUAUGGCUGUGUGAGAGAGGACGACUGCUUCUACGCCCACAGCCUCAUCGAGCUGAAGGUCUGGAUGAUGCAGCAUGAGCUCGGUAUCACUCAUGAAAGUAUUGUCCAAGAAGCAAAGAAGUACUGGAAUGCAGCAGCUUCGUUACAGGGAACCCAGCUUUCCAAUGCCCAGAGGAGGUUUGGGCCUCCAAAUCUGAAGAUGAUGUUUGUCUGUGGCCAGUGCUGGAGAAACGGCCAACUAAGUGAAGCUGACAAAAACAAGAAGUAUUGCUCAGCCAAGGCGAGACACACGUGGGCAAAAGACAGGCGGGUGGUGCUUGUAAGUUCCAAUGAAAGAAAAAAGUGGACAACAGUCAGACCACUUCCAACUAAAAAGCCAAUCCCAUCUCAGUUUGAGAUAUGCAUGCAUGUGAACGCUGGCAAGAAGUGUCAAUACAUUGGAAAUUGCACCUUUGCUCACAGCAUAGAAGAAAGAGACCUUUGGACCUACAUGAAGGAAAAUAACAUUCCAGAUAUGGAUCAGCUUUAUGAGCUAUGGCUACAGUCUCAGAAGCCUGGCUGGGGUGAGGAAACCUCCAGUAACUCGGUUCGGGAGAAUGGAAAACAGAUCCACAUGCCAACAGACUACGCUGAGGAAGUGGCUGGCAAUCACUGUUGGCUGUGUGGUAAAAACUGCAACAGUGAGAAGCAGUGGCAGCAGCAUAUCACUUCAGAAAAACACAAAGACAGAGUUUUCAACUCUGAGGACGAUCAGAACUGCUGGCAGUAUCGUUUUCCCACAGGCACUUUCAAAGUUUGUGAGAGGUUCUUGAAAGGCACGUGCACAGAAGAUGACUCGUGCAAGCUGGCACACGGGGAGCAGGAGCUAAAAGAGUGGAUGGAGCGCAGGGAAUUCCUUUUGAUGAAACUUGCCAAAGCCAGAAAAGACCAUCUUAUAGCACCAAAUGACAAUGACUUUGGAAAAUACAGUUUUCUGCUAAAAGACAUUAAAUAAUGACGUGAUGACAAUAUUUAUCCCCACUUGCAAGUAACGCAGUAUUCAGACAGUCUUGAGCCAGGUGAUCCUUGAGGGCCUGAGUUGCACAGAAAGAUUUUAGAGAGCGCAUUCAGAAGCCAGCCCUCUGACUGGUAGCUGGUUUAAUGUGAUCAGAAGUACACGACCGUUGUCAUUAACAGCAGAUUCUCAGUGUAAGACACAUGGAGCUUUGCUAUGCACCUUUCAGUAGGAUAACUGAAAAUGGUGAUGAAAACAGCAUGUGUGAACCUUGAUGAGAGAUGUUGAGAUAUCUAGCAUUUGACCUAAAAAGUUCUUUUCAUAACCAGUUUGUAUGUUAACCCUUAUCCUACAGUGAGUUUUAAGUAUGGGCUCCUUGAAUCGAAAGUUCAGUUGACACUUAUUUUAAUCUGUCAACAUAGGUCGUUUUCCAUUUAUCUAAUAGUGUUACCUGUGUAAUGGGCACCACACCAAAUAAAGUUUUUUUUUUUUUUUUUUUUUAAUCUGUUUAAUCUGCUGGUUUAUUACACAUCUGUAACCAGAGGUGGACGAAGUAUUCAGAUCUUUUAUGAAUAAUACAUUGUUAAAACACAAUUACAAAUUGAGUUGAAAAGCUUAAAGUAUUAUGAACAAAGUGUAUUUUGAUUAUCAAAAGUAAAGCACUCAAUGCAGAAACAAUGCUAUUUUACAUCAUAUCUAAAAAUAUAGUAAAUGUACAAGUACUAGGAAAAAAAAAUACUUUACAAUACACGCAGUACCUCAGUAAAUGUAUUUGUUAGACCAUUCUAACAAAUUAUCUUGUACAGCAAUCAAACUUUUUUCCUAGCACAGUCAAUCCUGAUGCAACAUGUAGAAACUAUUUAGCACAGAAAGGUAGACAAUAUCUGUAGAGCACUCUUGGUGUCAUAUCUUCUGUAAAUGAAAACACCAAGUCAUUAAACUACUGCUAUGACAACCAGACGCCCCCAUAAGUGGGCACCAUUUUGCUCCCUAAGCUUUAGCAAAUCAAUUGCAGGGGUGAUAAUUAAGCACAAGGCCAGUCAUUUUCUACAUUAACAGUAUUUUCAACA